AUGAAUAGACCAAAAAAGAAUAGUAAAAUAGUACAUAUAGUAGAGGAAAAGAAGGAUCACAAAAAGAAAGAGGAUGAUAAAAUGAAUAUACAAGAGGAUGAUGAAAUAGAUGAAGAUAUUUACAAGAUUGAUGGUCAGGAUACCACCGAUGAUGAUGAUGAAAUAGAUGAAGAUAUUUAUAGAGUAGAUGGUUAUGAUGAUGAUGACGAUGAUGGAGACGAUGAAGUAGAUAGUGAAGAUGAUGGUAAAAUAACUACAACCUUUAACCUAAACAACAAGAGAAUAGAUAAAAUAUCUUCUUCAUCCUUUUCAAAAAAUAAGAAAAAGAAUAAUAACAACAACACUAGUACCGACGAUGAUGAAGAUAUGGAUUCAUCAUCAUCAUCAACAACAAAUAUUGAAUUCAGUGUCAUAUCCUAUGAAACAUUAAAGAAUCAAACACCUACAAAGAGUAUUCUCAAAAAUAAGAAACCGGUAGUGGUCAUUGAGAAUACUCCUAGUCCUCAAAAGAGAAAGAUCGUAUGGGAUGAAGAUAACUUGGCAACCAAUGAAAUGCAAAAGUCAUCAACCAUGAAGAUUGAUGAACCAAAAACACCCUAUCAUUAUUAUGAAUCAGAGGAAGAAAGUGACGAAUCUAAAAAGUAUCUUGAAAGAAAAUUUAAGGAAUUGGAACAAGCAUUGGAACAACAAAAGAGUGAAUGGGAUUCAGAAGAAGAGGAAGAGGAAAAUGAUGGUGGUGGUGGUGGUGGUGGAAACAACAAUCAAGAUGACUCUGAUGAAGAAUUGACUAAAGAGGACAAGGAAAGAAAAUCAAAGUUUGAUGAUUUACGAAAGGCACAUUAUAAAAUUGAAAAGAAGAACCAACAUUUAGAUGACGAAAAUGAAGACGACUACGACGAGGAAUUAUCAGACAAACAAGGAAAAGCAUCCACUUCAUCAACAACAUCUUCUACCAACUCGAAACAACCAAUCAUCGUGACCAAAUCAGCAACUGCCUCUGAUAAACCUCUUCGAUCUGCUCUCAAAAAAAAAUAA